AUGAGUAACAUAUCCGAGCCGGCGGUGGCCGCAGACUCCAGCCAUACGCCGUUCGAAAUCCACCUUGCAGCGGAUUGGGGGAUUGUGGACAUAAAGGAAUGGUUAUUCAACGCUACAAGGGGGGAGCAUCAAAUUCUCUGGGAUAAGUUUUUCGAAAAUCACUUCAAGGUCUCCAAACCCGGUCCAGAGGAAAGCGGAGAAGCAGGUCUACCUGACGGAAUAUCACUACGACUCAAGCCCGGACCCGUUAAUUAUAACGGAAUGGACAUAUUAGACCCGAUUGAGUUCACAAUGACUAUAUAUGGCCAUGAGAUGACUGUUAAGAUGUAUUCUUCCUGGGACGCCCUUGCCGUAAUUUUGAACUGUAAACUCCCGCGUUACGACCCCACCACUGGACCCGCCAAAGGAUACGCCUUAAACAUCAAUGUUUUGUUUGCCAAAUGGUCGAAAUUGAUGAGUGGUUGUCUCGCCCCAAACAAAUUCUACCCUCCAGUCUACUGCGUCUUUUAUACAGAAACCAGCCAAAGGAAUAUCUUUCUACUCAGUGUUGGAAAGGUAGUGGAUUUGAAGACUGGCACGCCCGAUCUCGAGUAUAUUCGUACCCGUGUGGUCGAAAUGUUGGUAGACGCGAGAAGGAAUCAAUUAUAUCAAGCGCUUCCCGGAAAUCCCGAUCUCUUCGAUACAGACGAUAAUCCACUUAAAAUUCUGCUAAAGCCGGAUGGCCGUCUGCCAGACCCUGAUGACCUCGAAGCUCGGGGCAAGAAAAUUUGUGCAAGUUCAGGAAAGCCGGUAACUGAAAAAACAUGGAACGAAUUCUGCACGAAAUAUAAACGCUCAAAUGUGUCAUGCAAAAAUCUUGUAGGGGCUUGUGCAGAGGCAUGGGGAUUUCAACUUAUGCUACAAAUUCUUCACAAUCGUCCUGGUGACUGCUAUUACUCCAUUGCCUUGGGACAGGGCAAGCACUUGAAUAGCAUCAAACUCGGUCCAAGAUACCGGUACAGCCGUUCGAACUCAAGCACAUCCAAAAUUACAAAAGGGAUUUGUGACACCUGUUGCCUUGUGGCAUGUGCCAUCAAAGCCAAAUACAACAUUACACUGAACGAAAUUACGGAUGUCAACAUUGCUGACAUCUUGGACACCGCGAAUUCGAACCCUGUCUCGACCACACCACAAGAUGACGGACCGGCCAAGGGGGACCAAGAGGUGUUAACAAAGCUCCCAAGGAAGCGAGAAAACGAAACUACCGAGACCGAACCUCGUGGUACACCAAGGCGUCGGGGUGGCCUUUUGGGAUAUAUCUCAUCCAAGCUCGCACGUCAGACAAAUGGCGAAGAAGCAAACAACUAA